UUCUCGUCCUGCACAAUAAGUUUUCUCAGGGCUGUACUGCUCCUUUAAGGCUGCAUCGGGAGUUUUGAGGAGGAAAUAGGAAGUUAGUUCCCUUAACAUUUAACACAAAGACCCAAAACAAAAGGCGUUUGUCAGUGAUGGCAGGAAUAAAAGGUCUUGUUGCGUUAUCCUUUAGUGGAGCACUUGGACUGACAUUUCUGCUUUUGGGAUGUGCACUGAAAAAUUUCGGAGUGUAUUGGCCACUGUUUGUCCUGGUCUUUCACAUUCUGUCACCUAUUCCAAAUUUAAUAGCAAGGAGGCACGUGGAUGACACCGAGUCGACCAGUGCAUGCAGGGACCUGGCAUACUUCUUAACAACUGGCAUCGUAGUGUCAGCUUAUGGAUUGCCUAUUGUGCUUGCACGGAAAAGUAUUAUCCUCUGGGGUGCCUGUGGCCUGGUAAUGGCAGGUAAUUGUGUCAUUUUUCUCACAAUUCUGGGCUUUUUCCUGAUAUUUGGAGGUGGAGAUGACUUCAGCUGGGAACAGUGGUAAAACCCAUCACGGGAAGGAGCUACCACCACUAUGUAAACUGCUAAAUGUGGAUUCUAUCUAGAGGACUUUUGAAUUGAUCUUUUUGACAUGACUGCUCUUUUACUUUUAAUGUCUUACAGUACAUUGGCAUUUUUAUGUGCAUUUCAUGUUGGCUUAUGCAUGUAUAUAUAUAUAUAUAUAUAUAUAUAUAUAUAUAUAUAUAUAUAUAUAUAUAUAUAUAUAUAUAUAUAUAUAUAUAUAUAUAUACAAUGAUGUACUUAAAAAUAGAUAAUUCUGCAGUUGCAUAAAGGGGUGAAAGCGGUUUCAAUAUUAUUUUUAUCAUGUUUUGACACUAUUUGUUCACCUCAAAAUUAAUGAAAAACAUAAUGAAUGGGAUUUUUGGUAGAAGUGUUAACAUAUUUUUUGUCAUCACACUUAAAAUAUUAUGUGUAGUAUAAACUUUAAAUAGAAAUAAUUAGGAAUACCUUAAAGGUAAACAGAGUUGGUAUAUUUUGACAGCCCUGUUCCAGCACCCUUUACCACUUAUUUUUUUCGUAUUAACCCUUUAAUGACCAUUUCGACAUAACAUUUUUCACAACUGACAAAGAGUGCUGUUUUCACACAAUGAAAGUAGUGUAACCAUAGCAGUAUAUUAUUUGUUUUUAUCGCUGCUCUUUGUUUUUGCAAAGCCACUUAUGUCAAUUAGUAUAUAUAUAUAUAUAUUAGAAUAUACAGUAAGCUUUAACUUAAACCCUCUUAAACUAUGUUUACACAAAAUUACCAAAGCAGACCUCUUUCUACUCAGCCAUUCUAUGUUUCAGUUUCAUCCACAAGUUUCCAUUUAAAAGUAUAAAAGAAGAGGUCUGGAAUGUAUGCUUAUUACAAUUAUCAUCAGCGUUCAUUCCUGCAAUUAUAGAAUAGUCUAUUUUUUGCGUAGUUCCUAUAUUUAAAAAUAUUUUUAUAAUCAUAGUUCCAUGUGAAACACUAUUACAUGAUUGUUUUGUAACUUCGCACCUUGAUACACUACAGUAUAGCAUUUGGUAUACCAGAAAUUCAGGAUAUUUAGUUUGUAAUAAGUAACAGUUUCUCACCUCUGGUGUUUAUAUUAAAAUCCAUGUAGUUUGUGGUUCGAUUCACUAAAAUAAUUUGAACAAAAAUUAUGUAAGGGAAAUCCUUGCUGUUCUUGAUGACUUAUGUUUUCAGCACUUUCAAACUUUAUAUGUGAUUAUAUAAAUAAAUAAAUUUUUGUUUUUGUCAUAA